CUGUCACCACUGUGACCCACCAACUGUAGGAUCAGCCAAGCAACCAUCAGAAUGCAAAUCAAGGUAUUUCUUUUCUGGCAGGUUUCCACUCAGCACAAAUAAACCAGCAGCACGCUACAACAUGCAAAUCCACCUUACAUGUACAUGUUUUUCUUCCUUAGAGAUUAAAAGAACUGAAACAAAGAGAAUUUGCUCGCAAUGUGGCUUCCAAGUCGUGGAAAGAUGAGAAGAAACAGGAGAAAGCUCUCAAACGCCUCCAUCAGCUCGCUGAGCUACGCAAGCAAACCAACUGUGUUGCUGAUGAGGGGCCAUUAUUUAAAGCACCCAGAUUAAAAGGACCACAGGAAGAUAUUGGUUCAAACAGAGAUGACAGAACAGCAAGCUCAAGAUGUGUAGUUAUGUGCAGCAGAGACGCUAUCACCAGCAAUGUUGAGGAGCCUAAGCAAGACAUCUUAAAUGAUCGAGAAGUGCUGAAAAACAGCAGCUGCUGCUACACGGGGAAUCAAACCCAACAGCCUCCCUCAAACAGCAGCAAUGUCAACAGCAGAGCAGGAGUCUCUUUCUGCUUCUCGAAGAAAGCAUUACUUAAACUGGAUUCAUCGGCUUCUGUUUUCAAUGAGAGCACUGAAGAAGCAAAUGAAUGCAGCCAAUUUUUCCACCACAAAGAGAAGCAAAUGUCUGUAAGCUUUAGACACUAUGCACAUGUCAGCGAGACGGCAGUGGAAAACAGCUCUUCUUCUCAGCAAGAUGAAACAGGCACGUCCCUGGCAGACAGCGUGGCUGAAAAUGCAGAGAAGUUUAAGGAUGACAAAGCCAGUCAGGAAAACACAAAGGAACAGAGCGAGAUUGCCCAAUCAAACAUAACAGCUGAAAUGCAAUCUCCAGACACCACUUGCACAGAUCAACCGAGUCCAAAAGAAGUUAAUGUGACUACAGAGACUGAGAUCACUUCCAAAACUCCAACUGAGGUCCAUUGCCAAGCUGAGAGCUCAGAACAAGAGACUUGUUCCAACAAGCACACAGUCGCGGAUGCAAUAUUACUCGAGCAUUUGUCCAAUUUGCUUUCUCAAAAACAUGGCGAGGCAGAAGGAGGUUGCAAUGAGGGAAACUCAAUGGCACCUAAUGACACUGCUCCAAAUUCCAUUGAAUGCCCAACGCACUCAUUAGGUGAAUCUGUAAAUACUAACACUCAAGCCAAAGCACUAUCUUUUCUUAGUGUUUUGAGCAAAGAUGGCAAUACAAUCCUCCAGUGGCCCACAGAACUUGUUUUGUUUACAAAAACCCAGCCUUCGAUAUCUUAUGCUUGCAACCCCUUAUAUUUUGAUUUUAAAUGUUCUCAAAAAAUUAAAACCAGGACAUCAAAAGAAAGAGCGGCACAGAGUAAGGAGCAAAAUGGUGAGUGUAAAAAUGACUGUAACAGCAGAACCUCAGGUACCAACACAGAGAAAGGAACAGCAAAUGAAAAUGAUGACUGGAUGCCAAAGAGACAAAGAUUUCAUUUGGAGGAUAGGUCAGAAAAACAAAUGGAGCUUUCAGAAAAUUAUGAAAUGGCAACAGAGGUUACACACAAAGCCAAGUUCAGUAACUUACAAGAUUAUAGACCUCAGAUGUCUACUGAUUUCAGUCAUCCACAAAACUGUUUAGAUAGAGAAAGGCACCAUUCAAGAAGAAGGAGAAGGCAGUCAGAUUACAGCAGUACUUCAAAAUAUAUACCUUCAAAAAGAGAAAUGAAAAGAAAGAGGGUUGUGUAUGAGGACCAGUUGGACUUUAAGAACAAAUGGAACAACUUGGAUAAAUCGAAGAAAAGAAAACACCCCGGCCGGUAUGAAAGUGAAGUUAGUUGGGAAAGCAGUGAUGGUAAUAAAGAUUCUGAUAGUGAUACAAGUUCAAGAGUAUCUGCAAAGUCAUCCCUUUCACGCAUGUCCUCCUCUAGUUCUUCCAUAAGCAGUAGUUCAACAUGUAGGCAUGAAGGAAUUGUGGGCAGAACUUCAACUUAUGUAGCUUCAGAGAGAGUAAGCUAUACAGACAUAAAGCACAACAGUGAUAUGUCUUCAGAAAGUGACUGUAAUUCUGAAGUUGGAGGACAAUUAAAAUGUAGAUGCAAAAAUAAAAAGCACAAAACAUCUGGUGAGACAUCCAGGCAUGGAAAUGUGGAGCACCAUGUUUGUUCUAAGCAUAGCAAGAGUAGAAAUCGGUCUCGGAAAACAUUGGAUGACACAGGAACAGAGCCCAGGAUGAACAGAUUACUUUCUGUGCAAGAUAAUGGUAACGAAAGCUCCAAUAUUGUAGACUCAAGAACCAAUACUCCUAGUGCUUCCCUAAAAGAAACAAUUCCUCCAUUACAUUUCCUCAAAAGUCCACAUAUUACAGAAAGUGAUAAUAACAGUGAUAUAAAUGAGUGCUUGUAUAACAGUUUUUUUCCAGAUAUACCUCUUUCCUUGAACUGUAGGAAUAGUACUUCAGAAAACACAGUACAGCAUACAAUAGCGAAACAGACAUUAAUUUCAGAGUUUCUUUCAGAGGAAGAACAAUCUACGAAGCAAGCAAUGGAUAAUAAUAUCACUCAUGGUAUAGGAUUGAAUAACCCCUCUCAUAAUUUUUUUGACGUAAGUUUUCCUCCAGCAGAUCCCAGUAAUAUAGCCCUCCCUUUGCAUGAUACUAUAACAACUGAGACCAACAAUGGUAUGGAUCCUGUACUAGAAAUUUUGGUAGACAAUACUGAAUCCAAAGGCUCACAAACUUAUAAUGUCACUUUAACUGCAAAUACUGAUAAUUCCCCUUUGGAUGAUAUAAAUCUUAUAGAAACAGAAUGCAGAAUGGACGUUCCUGUUGUGGAACCCCAAGGACAAUUGAUCAGCCAAGUGCAAACUUUUAUGCAAAGCCCUGACCCAGUUCACCUUAACUUCUCUUGUGGGUUGCCCUCUGUAAGAUAUACUGCUGGAACUGGUUCACCCAACACCAAAGAAGAACAAAAGAGACUGGGACCUCCAGAUAUACCUAUGAGGCUGGGUCCUGUAGAAGGCAAUUUUAAAUGCUGUUAUGAGAGCACUAUGCAGGAUUAUAGAAAAAUAGACCAUAAUCGAAGGUUUCACCAUAAGUCAUCGCCUCCUUCUUCAGCACAAACAACCCAUAACAUUUUCACCCGAUGAGGUUGACAAAUAUAAACUAUUGCAACUCCAGGCACAACAGCAUAUGCAGAAGCAGCUGCUGACAAAGCAUUUUAAAGCUCUGCCAGCCAAUGGAUCUCCUGCUUUCUCAAAUGCACAAACUGUUCAGCCUAUCUCCGUCCAACCCCACCCAUCCAUCACCACCAUCCACCAUGCCUUUAUGCAGCGCUAUGCUGUGACAGCCUCCAUGCAUUCCCAUGUCAGUCACUUUCCAAUGCCACAUCUGAAUCCUUUGCCUCAGUCACAGUUUACCCCUAUGCAUCUUUCUUCAUUAACACCAACCAUUAUUCCCACACAUCCGCCGCUUAUAGCCGGACAUCCCUUGGCCCAUCCACUACAUCUUGUAUCAUCAGCUGCUAUCCACCCCGCUCACUUAACUAUUCAAGCAAUUCCGCAUGCCACCCUCAUCCCAACUCUCCUUACACCCCAUCCUAACACAGGAAUGCACCCUUCAUUACAAUUGCACCCUUUAAUUCACCCGUUGUUCCAAGGGCAAGACUUUCACCAUCAUUCUGGACCUAGUUACCCCCAUUAA